AUGUCCUACCAUCACCAAGAGAAAGAGGAUACAAACAUAGCACUCGCAAUAUGUGGUGUUAGUUCACACCAGGUCUCUAGCGUGUUUCAAGCUCCACGCUAUAAAUUCGACCUGCCACCGCACAUCCACGAGAACAUUAUCUCGAAUGCUCCACGCCUCUUAGAAUCCGUUCUAAGCCAACGUUGGCCAGUCACAAGCGUCAACUUUUUCCCAUUCUCCGUACCAAGUCCAAAUCGCAGUGGUACAAACGAGCCCGACUGGGCCAUCGCGUUUGUCAAUCGGUUUGGUACUGGGUGGAUGCUAGCCCUUCACUCCGACGUGCUCGCGAUUCAUUGCCAAAGUAUUCCACCCCCUGUCGGUCGUUCACCUCCCGGAGAGCUCCCAGUUGCUGUCAUGAGGAUGGACAUGGACAUCGUCUCUCUCUGGAUUCUUCUCGCUAUCUUCAUAUAUAUUUACAAUCACGACCAAGCACAGCUGUUCUCCGCGAUCUUUGGUGGCAAUGUAUAUCCACUCUGGGAUCCUAUGCCUCUCUUUCCCCCUGGUCGGCAUAGAACAUCUACGCCUCCGCUUUCGAUUGAUGAAGGCACCUUGGAGAACUAUGCGCGGGUCAUCAUAGAACGCACUACGCGAAUGCAACGCCAAAUGAUUUUGAACAACGUCAAAGGGUCCCUCAAUAUCUCUUUCGCGCUUAAAAUCGUUGACACCGGGCUCCAUGAAGUUCUUUUGACUGCGAGCUCCAUCGUCAGUAGGGUUGUUAACAUGGAUCUGGUUGAUUCGGCCGGAUUGAAUGGCCAGGAUGACUUAUACAAAUCGAGUGUCUUAUUUGAUUGGAAAUGA